ACAGCUGUUUGUGCGAGAGACCAGGAGAAACAAAGGCAAGAGAGUGCUGAACGCUUGGAAGGAGGAAAAAAAAGAAAGAAGAAGCAACGUCUCUCAUAUGUGUUGUGCGUAGCAAAACCAGCUGAACCUGCAUACAUUCGCACAAACACACUCGGGGGCAAUAGGCAAAUCAGUGAGCACGUAGUGAGCUCAGUUGGGUCUCAUCCAUUGGCAGCGAUGAAUUGUUGAACGAGAAAAAAACGUCGAAUAGCGCACAAAUCGGCAGCAAUUCCAAUUCGCAUCGUUUUUUUUCUGCCACACUCUCUCUCUCUAUCUCACACACACACGCUCUUUGUUUGCAUCUCAUCAAAUCAAAUUAAAAGUCAUUUGGAUCCUUUGUUUGUUCUUCGACAACAACAAUAACACCAGAAAGAGAGAGGAAAGAAGAAAAAAAAUCAAUCGAUUUGGUUUGAUCGAAGUGAGUGCAUGAGAGAGAAAUUUUUUUUUAGUGCGAAAUUCAAAAGUGUUAUUCGACACAUUGAGAGAAGGACAGCGAGUUGAAUCGAGCAAACCGAAAAAAAAAACAACAACAUAGAAUUCAUUUCAAUAAAACAAUAGAAAACAAUUUACACGCGCUACUCGUGUGGCUUUGCUUUAAAUAAAGAAGAGAAACAAAUAGCCAACAACAACAACUAAACUAAAAUACUCAUACAUUCGCAUAUCUCAGACCCAAACGAGUGAACAAAUAUAUCAUAAACUAGCAAGUAGAAAAUAGAAUGAAUUUGAGCAAAGAGUAAUCGUCGUCGUCGUUGUUUUUUCUCUUCUUUACACUUUGCUUCUCUUUCCGUUGUGUGUACGGAACAAUUCUUGCUAACUUUGUACGUACGUGUGUAAAACAUCAUUUUCAUCGGUCGAAACGGUGACAGUGUGUGUGUAUACAUAUAUGUGUGUGUGCGCGUGCAUUCGGUGUAACUUGGUUUGUGAUGCGAAUUUCAUCAGUCAAUUGGAAUUGUUGUUGAUUGUUCGCGUUUGGUGUUAGUCGGUAUUUCGGAAGCGUUUACACAUAUACAUCACACAGCGCACACUACAACACAGGCAUGUACAGCUGUUUGUAGGGAAUUGGUUGGGUGUGAGGAACAGAGACAGCCGAACCGCAAUAUACCGUGAGUAGAAGCAGCAAGAAACAGAGAUAGAAUAGCAGCAGCAGCAGCAGCAGCAGGAGAAGAAGCAGUAGUAGAAAAAAAUAUCAGAGAAAAAAAAGAAUCGUACGAACAAAGUGUGUGCGGCGCGUUGUAAUAUAAUUCUUUUUUAAAUUUGUGUGUUCUUUUUCUACUCUCGUACUCGUCAUCCAUUCUCGUUUUGUACUUGAAUAUUAUUACAUAUUCAAACAAUACAAAAUAAUAUUUUGACGAGACACACAUAAAAUCGAGGAUAGAAACAAAAACAGCAACAACAACAGGAAGAGAGACAAACAACAAUCAACGAGUGAGAUACAUUUUAAAUGUAAAUUUCAGACACCGAAAUUUGUGUGGUGACAACUAUUUUUUUACCGAGUUUUUACGAGAUAUUUAAUAGAGAGAGAGAAAGAGAAAGAGAAGCAACAUGGAUCAUUUAGCCGAGCGACACUUUGAAAACUAUUCACCUGAAGAUGCAGAAGAGGAGCGUCGCAAUUUUCUAUCCGUUCUCAAGGCAUUCCGAUACUAUAGAUCUCACAGCAUGAAUCGAGUAGACAAAACGGAGGCUUAUCUCAGCAACUUACCAUCGGAACAUCAAAAAAUGAUGAUCAAAUAUCGAGAUCAUCUGUUUCGAAUUAGGAAUUGCAUCGAUGAAAAUUUUCAAAUUAUCCGAAAGUUGGUGGAAGAUGUUGGAAAUUUGUUCGAGAAUGCGAACCAGGCCAUGGUGCCGAAGUCACAUAACAACCGCAAUGAAGAUGACGAUAUUCGUGUGCGUUUGCAAGACAUGGAUAAGGUUCAAGUGACACUCAAGCAAUUCGCACGCGACUGGAGUGCUGACGGUGAAGAAGAACGACAGCAAUGCUAUGCGCCGAUCAUCAACGAAAUCGAGAAAUUUUACAGUGCAGAUAAAUUAGACAUAAGCAAGAUUCGCAUAUUGGUGCCGGGCGCUGGUCUCGGCCGUUUAACAUACGAGUUAGCAUACAGGGGCUACUAUUGCGAAGGGAAUGAAUUUAGCUUAUUCAUGCUGGUCGCCAGUAACUUUGUCUUGAACAAGUGUAUCGUUGAAAAUCAAUAUACAAUCUAUCCGUACGUUCAUCAGUACGUGAACAAUUUGCACCGUAAAGAUCAAGUGACCCCGGUCCAAUUUCCAGAUGUGAGCCCAACCAAAGCCAAGCCCAAAGGAGGGUUCAACAUGGUUGCUGGUGACUUUUUGCAAGUGUAUAAUACAUCGAAUUAUUGGGAUUGUGUUGCCACGUGUUUCUUCAUUGACUGCGCAAAUAAUGUGGCCGAGUUCGUUGAGACCAUAUACAAGAUACUCCGCCCAGGGGCAAUUUGGGUUAAUUUGGGGCCAUUAUUAUAUCACUAUAGCGAUGUUUCAGGUGAAGGAAGCAUUGAACCAUCCUACGAAGAUCUGCUCUUGAUCAUCCGCGCCGUCGGAUUUACAAUUUUGAAAAACGAGACGGGCAUUAAGACAAAAUACGCUCAAAAUCCACGGUCAAUGCAGCAAAGUGAAUAUUUAAGUGUAUUUUUCGUGUGUCAAAAGCCACUUUUGAUGAAUGAUGACGAUGAAUACCAAAACGGUAAUAGUGAUAAGUCAAAUGAUUCAAAUGGACAUGGACAUCAUUAAGUAUGCAGUCGCUUCGAAUAAAAGCCAAUACACUAAAUAAGCAGUCACCAAAUAAAAACAAAAUGAAACAAAUCAUCAACAACAACAACAACAACCUGAUAAAUGACAUAAUUGUGUUACAAUGAUGAUUUCAUAUUGAUAAAAAUCAUCCAUAUUGAAUUGUUUUUUUUUUUUGCUCUUAAGUAUUGUAGUUGACUAGAAAUCGAACGAAAAGUGGUCGAAAAUAUGAAUAGAACGAAAAAAGAAGUGUCAUUUUUUUUUGUACAAGAACCGCCGGAUUAGAUUGUAACGCCAGUAGAUUUAUGGAAAUGAAAAAAAAAACAUGAUAUUAGGAUGAGAUAAGUUUCUUUUUUGGUCAAAAUUCUUAUUUGAAAUGAGAAUUGAUUUGAAAAUUUAAUGCAAAAUUGCAGAAAGAUAAAAAAUUUAGAAAAAAUAAGUCAUUUCGGCUUCCAAACCAAAAUGAAUAACACAUUCAGGGAAAAUAAUAAGAGAGAAAAAAACACUCUAAAUUUGUUGAUAAUUAUUUUUUUUUUUUCAAUCUUCGUUUGGAAAGAGUAAAUUUUAUUUCGAAAACCAAGAAGAAAGAAAAAAUACAUGAAAAUUCGCUCAAAAAUUGGCAUUCAAAAACUGUACGAAUAGAUCGGGUGCUUUGUCUAAGUUGUGACCGCCAGCUGAAUGCAUUUUAUUGUAGUUGAGAAAUUGCCGGCGCAACUUAUUUAAUUGACUGGCAUUUACAGUGGCUGGUAUUUUGACAUGUAAAUUGUCACGAAUUUGAACGGGUCCCAUGACGCCAAUUUUACGCGCUGAUAUCACAGUGUUGGUUAUUUCUUGCGUCAGCUUAUCCAUUUCGUACAGAUAAUUUGUUGAGGUCAUUGGUGCCUGUUUUGAGAUAGAUAAACAGAGAGAAAGACGAUUUUUAUUACUUUAAACAAAUAAAAAAAGCAAAUUUUGUUUUCUAUAUAAAUUUCGAACAAGUGAUUAAGUUUUAUGAAGCUGGAUUGAAUAAGUAAAAUGUCAACAAUUAGACGUUUUCCACAUCAUUUGUUUUUUUUUUAAACAAUUUAAUAUAGUUUAUAGAUUUUAUCUUUAUCAUUUGUAUAAAAUGAAGAGAGAAAAAAACCACAAGUUACAAAUUUACAUUAAUAUAAUGGAGACAAAACAAAUUCGUUUAGGUUUAAGUGCACACAAACACAUCAUAUUAACCUUUUUUUUUUUCUUGAACUCUAAGUUCCUCGAUUUGACACGCAAUAUCAUCAUUCGCCAUUUGAAUUGAAUUUUCACACGACAUCAUACCACGAACCAUUUUCGCCAUUGCAACGGCGAACGGGUGGCAAUUCACUUCAUUCUGAAGAGGCAAACACUCAUUUGAUUUAACAACAUUUAACGAUUACAACAACAACAACAUAUGCAUAUACAAAUACUAGUCCGCAAACUACAAAAAAAAAUGCUAUAUUGAAUUAACGAUUUCAUCCGCACAUUAAUCAAAUCAUGAACUUUUAAAAAGUUACAACAAAUAAAUUCUAUCAAAGUCAGCAAUAAAAACCUACA